AUCAUAUUUGGUUUAGUCUUGCCUAAUAUCAUAUACCUAUUCCGCGUGCUUUUCACUUUGACAUUUUCUUGAUUAUAUAAAUUUUAUUUCUAUACAUAUCAAAUUUCAAACAAGGGUCACAAUUUUAUUUUAUUUUUAAAUUUGUUUAUAUUACCCUUUCCAUUUAUAACAUGAGCUUGCUUUUAUUGUUAAUGUGUAUAAAAAGAUAAUGGGAGUUGAUUUAAAUUGAUUAUUUGGUAAGUUCCUAAAAUCAUUGACAUCACGAUUAUUUGCAUUGAUUUUUUUAGGACCAUUUCAAAUCACCAAGCUCCGUGAUUGAUUGAUUUUUUUAGAACUUUUUCAAAUAACCAAGCCCUGUGACUGAUAAUAUUAUCUGAUAUACUGGGUGUGUAAUGCUUUGAUAUGCUUUGAUUUCCUCCUCUGGCUGUCGUGUAGAGUCACUGGUUUUUAGGGUUUCACAGUUGGGUGAAUCUUCAAGAGAUUGAAUCUUUUUGUUUUGGGGAAUUUGUUGGGUUUGAAUAGGUUUAAGAUGAUUACAGAGUAGGAGAUUUUGGGGGGGAAGACUAAGAGAGACAUUGUUAUGGGAAAUACUUGUGUAAAUGGGAAGAUUGCUAAGGAUGGGUUUCUUCACACAAUUUCAAAUUUGUGGUGGCCUAAAUUACCACAGCUGUUUUCUAAUAAUCAUAACAAAGAAAAACGUUGUGAGGCGCCACCUGCAGUUAAACAGUUAGAAGGUCCUAAUCCUGUUCAGAAUACACCCCCUGAAUUGGUGAAGGUUGAGGAGGAGGAACGCCAGCCAGAAAACUCUACACAACCCCAGGCAACCGUGAUCAUAUUGAAGGAAGAUCAAAAACCACCUCAGUCUAGAUCAUGGGAAGAUGCAAUCAAAACUGAUGAGAAAAAACCAGUUCAAAAUCCUGAGAAUGAGAAGCCGAAACCAGUAGAUCCCCCAAAGCCCAAGAAACCCCACAAUGUUAAAAGAAUGAUGAGUGCAGGUCUUAAGGUGGACUCAGUGCUAAGAACUAAAAAGGGAAACCUGAAGGAAUACUAUAAUUUGGGCAAAAAACUUGGGCAUGGGCAGUUUGGAACGACAUUUCUGUGUGUAGAGAAGACAACUGGAAUAGAGUAUGCAUGUAAAUCUAUUGCGAAGAGAAAAUUGUUGACUCUGGAGGAUGUGGAGGAUGUCAGGAGAGAAAUUGAGAUCAUGCAUCACUUAGCUGGCCACCCGAAUGUCAUUUCAAUCAAAGCAGCUUAUGAGGAUGCUGUGGCCGUUCAUGUUGUGAUGGAAUUGUGUGCAGGAGGGGAGUUAUUUGACAGAAUUGUUAAAAGAGGGCAUUACUCCGAGAAAAAGGCAGCCGAGCUUACCAAGACAAUAGUUGGUGUUAUCGAAGCCUGCCAUUCUUUGGGCGUCAUGCACCGGGAUCUCAAGCCCGAGAAUUUCCUAUUUGUCAAUGAGGAGGAGGAUUCUCCUAUAAAGACAAUAGAUUUUGGGCUAUCCAUAUUCUUCAAGCCAGGGGAUAUAUUCAAUGAAGUGGUUGGUAGCCCAUAUUACGUCGCUCCAGAAGUUCUUAGUAAGUGUUAUGGACCAGAGGCAGAUGUCUGGAGCGCAGGUGUGAUGAUUUACAUUCUUCUUUGCGGCGUGCCUCCAUUUUGGGGAGAAAGUGAGCAAGAAAUAUUUGAAGAGGUUGUGCAUGGCGAUAUUGAUUUCUCAUCAGAUCCUUGGCCUAGUAUCUCUGAAAGUGCCAAAGAUCUGGUGAAGAGAAUGCUCGUGAGGGAUCCAAAAAGGCGGUUAACUGCUCACGAAGUUCUUUGCCACCCUUGGGUGCAAGCUGAUGGAGCAGCUCCUGAUAAACCUCUUGAUUCUGCAGUUUUAACUCGCUUGACACAAUUUUCAGCUAUGGACAAGCUUAAGAAAAUGGCUCUUAGGGUCAUCGCAGAAAGUCUUUCAGAAGAAGAAAUUGCAGGGCUAAAAGAAAUGUUCAAAAUGAUAGAUGCAGAUAAUAGUGGUUAUAUUACUUUUGAAGAACUUAAGGCUGGACUAAAACGAUUCGGAGCAAAUCUGGAUGAAUCUGAGAUAUAUGAUUUGAUAAAGUCUGCAGAUGUUGACAACAGUGGCACGAUUGAUUAUGGCGAGUUUAUAGCUGCAACAUUGCAUCUGAACAAAAUUGAGAAGGAAGAUCAUCUCUUUACGGCCUUUUCAUAUUUUGAUAAGGAUGGCAGCGGUUAUAUUACACCAGAUGAGCUUCAAAAAGCUUGUGAAGAGUUUGGCAUAAAGGAUGUCCACUUGGAAGAAAUGAUUCGAGAGGCUGACCAAAACAAUGAUGGACAGAUAGAUUACAACGAGUUUGUGGUGAUGAUGCACAGAGGAGAUACAGAUUUAGGUAGGAAGAGGUUACAGAAUAAUUUUAACAUUGGAUUUAGAGAAGCAGUGCCAGUUUGUUAACAUGAAACUGUUGACUCUUUCUUUAUCUGAUUUUGUAAUGUAAACAAGUUGAGUAGGUUCCAGCAUCAGUUGAUGCUAUAAUUGUUUGUAGAAAUGAUGCCUACUCCUUUCAGUUUCACCAUACAAUUUCUGAUAGUUUGCUACUUCAUAUGGAUCAUGUUUUUACGUACGAUA